AUAUAUUACAUAUUGUUAACUUAUGAAUGUCAAUUUAAUGAAACGAAACGGAACAAAACGCAAUUAAACGAAACAAAACAAAACAAAACAAAAUGUAAUUAAAUGGAACGAAACGCAAUGAAACGUAACAAAAUGGAUCAGGAUAAAAUAUAUGAAACGAAACACAACGGAACACAACGGAACAUAACGAAAUAAAUGAAACAUAACAAAAUACAACGGAAUGAAACGGAACUAAACAAAACGGAACGAAACGAAACGGAAUACAUUGAAACGUAAUGGAACAGAAUGGAAUAGAAUGGAACGAAGCAGUAUGAAUCGGACCAGAUCAGAUCAAGUUGUAUAUAUCAUAGUAUGACAGUGAAUAGCAUAAAGAAAUAGUAGGGGUAAAAGUUGAUUGAAAGAAGAAGAAUAGAUAGAGAAUAAUAUAACGUUGGUGAAGGAAACAUUAUACAGAAGGUUCAAUGUUCUCCCACUCUUGAGGCCCAAGCUUUCAGUCUGCUCGUGUGGUCAGUUUAGUAAUUACGCGGCAAGGAAUAAGUUUGGGUAUACGCAGUACUUGUAAUGUGUAAAAUAAAAAAACUUUGGGUGUGGCGUUUAUUUUUAUAAUGCUCACUGUGAAACUAUUAGCAAUUUCAAUGUUGAACAUUAUUAAUUAGUUAUUAAAAUAAAAAAAGUGUGAUUUGCAAAUUGAAUAAUAUUUAUAAAAAUCUUAAAAUUUUUUCCCGCUUAUGAAGUGGAUUAUAAGUUCAUUACUGUAUAUUUAUGUUUAACUGAAAAUAUUUUUUGGAAGAUAAAAAAAAUGUUUAAUAAUCGACAGAAAUUCAUAUUUAAUAAUUCGUUUGAUGUACAUUUCUGAACUUUAAAUCAAGAAGAUAUCUUUUUCUUUUGAAGUAUUCAGUUUUAUUUGGAUCAUCUUUCUUUUUCUUUAUAUUUUUACUUGACCGUAUUAGAAGAAUGACAGUCUCGGAAGAAAUGGAUAUAUAUAUAUAUGCAAGUACAUAUGCGUGAGACAGAUGGGAGAGAAGCACAUAAUGAAGGCACAUAAUAUAGUGCUGAAUAUAGGUGUGUUCUUGUAUAAAAAAUUUGAAGACAACGAAAUGUUUAAAAAUAAUGGCUACAGAAUUGGCAAAUAAAAAAGCUGAGCGUGAAGCUCUGCGCGGCGUUAUUCAACAAUGGAACGCUAAUAGAUUGGAUUUGUUUGAACUCUCAGAACCAAAUGAGGACUUGGAAUUUCAUGGGGUAAUGAGAUUUUAUUUUCAAGAUAGUGGUCAAAAAGUUGCAACGAAAUGUAUUAGAGUAGCAUCGGAUGCAACAAGUCAAGCGGUCAUCGAAACUCUUAUUGAAAAAUUCCGUCCAGAUAUGCGAAUGCUUUCAGUUCCAGAAUACGCACUUUAUGAAAUUCAUGAAAAUGGUGAAGAGCGUAAGCUUGGACUCGAGGAGAAACCAUUGUUAGUGCAAUUGAAUUGGCACAUCGAUGAUCGCGAGGGACGUUUUUUAUUAAGAAGAAUCGAUGAUAAGACUAACGCUCAAGGUGUUGGUUUCUCUUCUUCGGAUGGAUCUAGUUUUCGUAGAAAAUUAAGUAAACGUGAAAAAAAACAAAUGAAAAAACAAGAAAAACUCAGUCGUUUAAAGAGUUUAGAACAAGAUGAAAAUAGUAUACCCGUUGAUCAAAAUGGAGUAGCUGAAAAACUUUAUACAGAGUUACCUGAAACGAGCUUUACCAGAAGUAUUUCAAAUCCAGAAGCUGUGAUGAGAAGGCGACGUCAACAAAAAUUGGAGAGAAAAUUGCAACAAUUUCGUAGUAAAGAUGGUGGUCCUGAUACUGGAGGAACAUUAAAGAUUUAUGGUGAAGCACUUUGUAAAGAUGUUCCAUAUAAAACUUUGCUUUUAAGCGUUCGAGAUUCAGCAGUUCAGGUUGUACGAGAAAUGCUUUCUAAAUAUGGUUUAGAGAAAGUUGAUCCACAACAAUAUUGUCUUGUACAGGUAAAUAGUGAAAAUAAUCUUAAUGGAGGAACCCAACAAGAAUAUAUACUGGAUGAUGACGAAUGUCCUUUAGCUAUUCUUAUGAAUCAUUCUUCUACUCGCGGUUCUAUUAUGUUUCACGUACGAAGAAGACCUUCGGAUUAUGUGCCUCGGAAACGCAAGAAAAAACCAAGUGGCAAAUGGAAUGAAUUAGAUUGCAGAUACGAAGAUGAAAGAUUACCUUUUUUAUUAGAAUUGAAUCCUGAUGGUAGUGAAAUUCCAAACGGUGCCGGUGUACGACAUCGGUUACAACCAAACGUGACGGAGGUGGGCUCGGAAAGACCAAUAGGUCCACAGGCAGUUCAAGCUCAAACUCUCACUUUGACAGGACCAACGGUUAUGCCGAGACACUGUGUAAUUGCUUUUACUGAAAAUAUUGUCACUCUUACACCUUGCUCCAGAGAUGCUUAUACUUACGUAAACAAUCAGAGGAUACAUCAAACAACAAUACUUCAGAAUGGAGCAAUUGUGAAAUUUGGCAGAUUACAUACUUUUAAGUUCAUCGAUCCAACACCUGAUGAACGAAUUAGACAACGACAUGAUUCUGGAAAACAAAUCGAAUAUAAUUAUGACCGCCUGCUUUUGUACCGUAGACGCUCCCCAGACUUGGCCAAUCAAGAAACGAACAUGGAAAAAUAUGGAACAGUAUCCGGAACUUCAAAUAAUGGACAGAAUCAAGUUCAAAUUCAGAGCCAAUCAAUUCAAGACCAAAUUAUUCAUUCAUCUAGUCCAAACAAGUCUACACCCAUUCCUGCUGCUGCUGUUACUGUAUGUCAUACUCGAAGUCCAACGCAUGCAUUGGAAUCAACUCAUAAUUAUGAAACUACGUUUGAUCUCGAUGGAAACGUUGAGACUGCCAGUCUUACCAGCAGCAGAGACGGUAACAGAACAUUACAGAAUGAUCGACAACCACGAGGAACGGACCCAAUCUUACCAGCUGUAUUAGAAUUUCUUGAAGAAACAGAAGAAACAUUUUUUCAUGCAGUAAUUACGGACGUUGAACCAUCAGCACCUCAAUUUAAAUUGGCUCCAACAUAUACCCUUUACCUGGCAGCAAGAUAUCGUGCAAGCACACAUUUUAGACCAGAAUUACAACCAACGGAGAGAGCUCACAGAUUGACUGUAAUGUUGGCAAACGUCGCUAGUAUGAUUCAACGAGUAAUACAGGAACGGUAUAUGGAUGCGUCUUCAUUGGCAUUAUGGUUAGCAAAUGGUUCAGAAUUAUUACAUAUGUUGAAAAACGAUCGUCAUGUAGGAGCAUUUUCGACGAGAGCACAGGAUAUUUUGACAGAAGCAGUUCAUACAGCUUUUGCGUCGCUAGUUCGAUGCAUUUCCUUAGAACUAGCGCCGGCAAUGUCACAAUUUAUGGCUGAUGCAGAUGAACCUGCCAAAGAAGCUGGUGUUCUUCAAAUAUUUUCGAGUACGAUGGCAUUACUCAGACGAUGUAGAGUAAAUGCUGCGCUCACGAUUCAACUAUUUAGUCACUUAUUUCAUACAAUAAAUGCAACUACAUUUAAUGCAUUAGUUUCAAACACAAACUUAUGUGUUAGAUGGUUUGGUCGUAGAUUAAAGGCAAGACUAAACGCUCUUGAAACUUGGGCUGAAAGGCAAGGAUUAGAACUCGCAAGUCAAUGUCACUUAGCAACAAUUAUGCAAGCGACUCAUCUUUUACAAGCGCCAAAAUAUAAUGCAGAGGAACUUGCUACUUUAAGUUCUACUUGUUUUAAGUUGAAUUCUCUUCAAGUCCGAGCAUUGUUGCAAAAAUAUCAACCAGCUGCUGAUGAGCCAAGACUUCCGGCAGAAUUGAUCGAGAAUGUAGUCAGAGUAGCAGAAAGUGUGGCUGAUACUUUGGCACGUGCUGAUGGCAGGGAGAUUCGACUUGAGGAAGAACCUACACUUGCAUUAGCACUUUUACUUCCCGAAGAUGGAUAUAGUUGCGAAGUUAUUCGUGGUGUACCUCCAGGAUUAGCAGAAUUUUUAGCACCAUUACAACGAGAUGGUCUUUGUCGUAUGGCAUCACAACCUACUAGUAGUGGAUACUGGACUAUAUAUAUGAUAGAUCAUCAUAAUAAUUUUCGCAGCCCAAGUGCAAUGAGUAAUAGAUCUGGAGGGUAUUCUUGUCAUGCGGGUUCAAAUAUUGUUCAGCCUGAGAUACAUAUAAUAAAAUUACAUAAAUCUACUAAUGGAAUGGGUUUAAGUAUCGUUGCGGCAAAGGGUGCUGGUCAAGAUAGACUUGGAAUAUAUAUAAAGAGCGUAGUUACUGGUGGUGCUGCUGAUGCUGAUGGUAGAUUGACUGCUGGUGAUCAACUGCUAAAAGUGGAUGGACAAAGUUUAGUAGGAAUUACUCAAGAAAAGGCUGCUGAAUAUUUAGUACGCACUGGUCCAAUAGUCACACUUGAAGUUGCUAAGCAGGGUGCCAUAUAUCAUGGUUUAGCUACUUUAUUGUCACAACCAUCACCAGUAAUGAACAGAGCAUACAAGAUUCGACCCAAAUCCGAAAGCUUGGAAGCUUCAACGGCGCAAGAAAUGAACGAGCAAUCAUCUACAUCACAUUCAAUGGGUAAUUUGUUGAAUGUUCCAAGGCACGCGAUUGAUUUGGAACGUUCAAUCGAUUCAGUACCAGACUCAAACUCGGAUUCUUCGGCUACAGUAAACAACAAAUGUAAUAGUUUUUCUCUCGAUUCAAUACCCUAUAUCGAUCAAGUCGAUGAAAUAUCAUCAGUUCCAUUUUCAAGCAAUCAAUUCCAAUUGGAAUUGGAUAAAUACCAAUUGGAAAAUAAUAACCGCGUUGUGAUCAAACGCUAUGAUUCACAAUUAAUCAACGAAGAAGGACAAAUUGCAAAUAGAUACGAACGAGGAGAAGCAUCUUCAUAUAAACAAGAAAAAUAUACAAAGACAAACAAACAAGCAAACAAAUAUAAUAUGGCGAAACAACAGGAAAAAAAUGAUGAAAUAAAAGAAAGAAAAGUAAAAGAUAUCUUGUUAUCGCCGUAUGUUAUAUUAAAUAAUAAUGAUGAUUUCGAAAUAUUUAUUUCAAAAGCAAAGGCUGACAUGUUUAAUAUUCCAGUAUUGAAUCUUGAUUUGUCUGGUCUAGAUAGUAAUACAACUUAUGAUGUCUCCAGUUUCAACAAGUGUUGGAAAUCACCAGAAGAGAAUAUGAAUAUUAUAUCUUCAAACAAUAUAAUUCUUGAUAAGGACAUGAAUAAGGAUAUGAAUAAAAUGUUAUCUUCGUAUAAUAUAAAUGAAAAAUUAAUAUCAGAAAAUAUUCAAAAAUAUGAUUCACCAUAUAUAAUAAAUAUUGCAAAAAAUUAUAUUCAAAGAAAGAAUACAAAACAAAAAUUAUCUAAUGCUAAAUUUAUGAAACAAUUGUCAAGUUCCUAUCCAAAUAUUGAGAGAAUAAAGGAAUUAUGGCAUAACGAAAAUAAUCAAUUAAAAGAGGGAAAUAGAAAAAAAUACCUGUGGUUUAAUUUAAAAAAAUGUGAUUCGGUUUAUGAAUUAAAACAAAUCAAUGAUAUAUUAUCACUUCCUACUAAACAAUUUCAAUUUUGGAAUGAUAAUAAUAUAACAAAUUAUGAAGAAAAACUUUGCAAGCAAAAUUUCAUUGUUCAAGACAAAUGUCAACAAAAAUCAAUGUCAUUUAUUAAAGAAAAUAAUUAUUCUAAUAUUUUACCAAUUCAAAUUAAAAAAAAUCGAAAAAAUAACAUGAUCAACAAUCAGCAAAUUCCAAUUUUGAUUGAAAAAAUUUAUACUAAUAAUACGAUCAACUUAAUGCUCGACCAGGAUUGGAAAAUUUAUCCAAGAUCAAAUCGAACUCAUCUAAAUCUUGAUUUCUUUUUACGAUCUCGUCGCAUGAGCGAACGAGAUUUACCAUCUAGACUUGGACGCGAUAUAACUGCACCCCAACAACAAAUGCAUAUUAGCAAAUCAGUGCCAGCGUUACACAAUGUAGGAACAGAUGGAAAACAACAGCACGAAGUAUUCAAUCCUGGUUACAGUAGAGCAUCUUCAAGCAAUAGUGUCACACCUCCAGUUACGCAGCCACCUCCACCAAUGGCCACAAUCAGCGGUUCAACAUCAUUACGUUCUCGUUCGAGUCAUAAUUUACAUGAUUCGACAAGAAUCGGAACUUUAUCAUCGAAUGGUCUCGUAACUAGACAACAAUCGUCACCAAAUUUAAAUCCUGAUCAUACAUCGAAUCACAAUGAUACAAAUGUGAAUGGUGGAACAAAUUCGAACAUUCUUCAAGGUAACGAAGUUGAAAGAUUUUAUCAAAAUUUGAGUAUCUAUCGUAAUCAAGAUGCAACAACUAAACAGCAUAAUCCAUCUCAACAUUUAGAUGAUAGAACUCCUCUUCAAUUACAAAAGAAUUUGAGAGGUUCGCAAAAUUCUUUAAAUCGUCCAGGAGUGUUUGAAAUGAAUCAAACUAGAGACCGUCCAAUAUCCUCGUAUGUACCUCAACCUCAACAACAAUCUUAUAUUGAUAAUACUGGUCAAUCGCAACAACAAGCUUGCACAGCACCUCCAAGAUCUCAAUCAUCUCGAGAUAUAAUACGUCAAGAAGCGAAACUUCAAGAAAUGCAAGAAGAAGUCAGAAGACGCGAGUUACGAGGUGGAAUUUCAGUUCCAUUGAAUCAAUACCGACCAUCUACUUACAAUUUAAAAACAAAUACAUCUGUUCAAUCAUCGAUUAGUUCUGUUGUUCGACCAACAAAAUCUAUUGGUUCGCAACCAAAUUUGGGAUCAAGUCCACCGAUAACAAUAUCCACAUCAGUUUCAACAUCCAGACAAACCGGUCCUUCGAGUUAUAAUUAUUUGGAUGCACAAUAUGGUUCAUAUAUGGUUCAAUAUGGAAAAUCUUCACAUACUCAUCAACAUCAAUCUCAAUCUCAAUCUCAACACCAACAUUCACAUCAACAUCAGCUACAACUCCAGCAUCAAUAUCAACACCAACAUCAACAUCAGCAUCAACAUCACAAUAUACAACAACAAAAUUUUGGACAUAUCCAAUAUGGACAUGUUGGUAUGUUAUCGUCAAGAGGAAAAAAUGACUUAACUCGUAUGCAAUUAAAUGGGACAUUACACGAUUAUGGAAGAGAUCAAAAUAUUCGAGAUAUUGGAAAAUUAUAUACAGAUCAAAAUCAACAUGUUGCUGGAUCGCAGUAUUGUUUGAAUAGUAAUCCAGAGAUACAAAAUGAAUUCUAUAAUGAUGAAAAUGGAAUAAAUAGAAUGCAAACUGCACCAGAAGGAACUUCAAUUUCAAAUGAAAUUCCUAUACGACCUAUUCUACCAGAAGAAGGAUUUACCGAAAGUUCUCCACCGCCACCUCCAAGCACUUCAACUCAUCCUCUCUAUAAUAAACAAUCGGAUUCAAGAUACACUGCAAGUAUGCAAGAUCCUCCGCGUGGAGGAUAUUAUCCAACAAAUACAACAGGUACUACAUUACAGCCACGUCAAUAUCAAUAUAGUGCUUCAAAUCCAUGGCAACGAGAAGAAAAAGAGAGAGAACAGGCACGCAGAAGAGAAGCUGCAAGACAAUGGAGAGAUCAACAAAUAGCGGAAUUGAGUGCACUAUCUCAUAGAACAUCGCAACAAGAGGAACAAUUGCGAGCUCUUCAAUUGGAAAGAGAUUUUCAAAAAAGAGCCGAAGAAAUAGCUAAUCAACAAGAUGAUGAUGAAGAAAGUAAUGAUUUAGAUACUGAAAAUAUAAGAGUUCAGCAAUCUUUAUUUCAAACAACAGUGAUGCAAGAUCGAAAUAAUUCAUUAGAGCAACAUUCCAAUUUAUCUAAGACUAAUGUAACAAACCAAUCCUCUAAAGGAAAUCAUUUUUCUCGAUCUCUCGGUGGAUCUCCGAUGCAUUCUAUGAAUGUUGUAACUACACACGGAAAUAAUACUCUUCAACAAUGUACACAAAAUAUUACAACUACUUGUUUGCAGCAACAACAGCAACAACAAGACAAUUCCAGUUCACUUUUAUCUUCAGAUUUUCAACAUCAACAUACUAAUCAAAUGCAAAAUAAUAUAGGACAAAUUUCAAUGCCAUCCUUGAUUCAUUUGACUUCUUCUCAAAAAUCUCUUGGUUUGUCUCAAUCCAAUGAAGAAAAAGAAAUGCACCGUAGACAUGAGGAAAUUAAACGAAAACAAAUAGAUUUCGAUGAUACUCAAUUGAAAAAAGAGGAAGAAACUAAUAAACAACAGCAAAUGUAUCAACAGCAACAUCAUUCGCAACAAUCGCAAUCCCAUCUUAAAACUCAACAAUUAUUGCAUUCUAAUAUGUUGCGAUUGGAUAGCUUAAUUAUUAACGGAUCAAAUGCAUCUCCUACACAAAAUGGUAUCAAUGAUGCGCCUUUGCCUCCAGAACGAGGUUCUAGUUUUGCGGUUAUGUCACAGCAAAAUACGCUCAGAUCAAAUAAUGCAAAUAUAUCAAAUAUAAUAUUAGCAUCUCAACCGCAAACAACAUCCGUUAAAAGAGUCUCAUUUCACGAUUCAAAUGCAAAUGUAGAAUCUAUACGAAAUAUCUCAUCUGGAAAUUUGAGCACGAAUCAAACUAUGACUAUGGAUGCCAUUACAGAAGAUCCAAAUAAUUUCAUAAAUGAUGCAGAAAUUUUAUUGGCAUCUCCAAAAACACCCGAAGGAUCUGGUGGAACUUCGAUUACUGGUAGCACACCUGGCGUUAUAGGUGCUCAAGAAGUGUACAAAGAUCCCAGACAAAAAAGACUCGCGGAAAAACAGAAACAGCAACAAAGUUCUCAAGUUGGGCAAGUACCUGAAAAACUCAGUUUUAAAGAAAAAAUGAAAAUGUUUGCAAUGGAAACCGGUGAAGAUGGAACUCCACGGGAUAAAGUGAAAAUUUCACGUGCACAGCGUGAAAUAGAUAAUAUUGGAAAUCCCGUACUGAAUAGCAAUUAUUACAAUAACAGUAAUAAUAGUAUCAUCAACACCAGUAAUAGUAACAUCCAAAAUAAUAACAACGGCAAUAGUAUCAAUAACAACAAUAGCAAUCGACAACAAUAGAAAUUAAGACUGAAAAUUGAGAUUUAUUUUUUUAAAAUCAUAUUACAUGGAUCAGAUAAAAAUUGAUGCAUCUGAUACCGAACUAUUAUUAUACCAUAUAAAGAAUGUGUGUAUUAUAUUGGUAAUGAUACUUCAUUAUAAAUAUGAACGUAUAUGUAUUCCAAUUUGCCCAAUUUUGACCAAAAUAUUAUAUAUUAUAAAUUAAAAAUAUUAGAGUAGAGAAUAAAUGCAUUCAUAUGAUAGAAUCAGUCUUCAUAUUUUUAGUAUUUAAUAACACAAUGAAUAUUAAAUGCAUUUGAAAUCUACUCAUUCGAUUGGACCAAUUUACGAUUUUUGAUAGUAAUAGUUAUAAAUAAGGCUUAUAAUAAAAUAUACUAAAU